AUGGAUGAAGAUGAGAAGGACAGGGCAAAGAGGGCAUCACGCAACAAAUCUGAGAAGAAGAGGAGAGACCAGUUCAAUGUCCUCAUUAAAGAGCUUUGCACGAUGCUGCAGGGCCACGGCCAUCCUCUCAAGAUGGACAAGUCCACAAUACUGCAGAGGACCAUCGACUUCCUACAGAAACAGAAAGAAAUCACAGCACAGACAGAAGCCUGUGAGAUUAGACAAGACUGGAAGCCUUCAUUUCUUAGCAACGAGGAGUUCACCCAGUUGAUGUUAGAGGCACUAGAUGGCUUUCUCAUUGCUCUUACCACUGAUGGGAUUAUUAUUUAUGUGUCUGAUAGUGUUUCAUCUCUGCUCGGACACUUACCGUCAGAUUUGGUGGACCAAAAUAUAUUAAACUUUCUGCCUGAGCGGGAGCAGAGCGAAGUGUACAAGCUUCUUUCUCCGCAUGUACUCAUGACAGAUCCUGUUGCAGCUGAUUUUCUAAAUGCAGAAAAACAAAUAGAGUUUUGCUGCCAUUUAGCAAGAGGCAGCUUAGAUCCCAAUGAACCCCUGAUGUAUGAAUAUGUGAAAUUUGUAGUGGAUUUUAAAUAUUUUACUCAUGUGCCUACACCCUCCUGUAAUGGCUUUGAGUCAGCUAUUGCACGAGCUUUCAGGUCAGCCACAGAGGAGCAGAUUUGCCUCGUAGCAACUGUUCGUCUUGUCACACCACAGUUCUUAAAGGAGCUCUGCAAUGUUGAAGAGCCGUGUGAAGAAUUUACGUCGAGGCAUAGUUUAGAAUGGAAGUUUUUAUUCUUGGACCACAGGGCUCCACCUAUUAUAGGGUAUUUACCCUUUGAGGUUCUGGGAACGUCAGGGUAUGAUUACUACCAUGCAGAUGACCUGGAGCUUCUUGCUAGGUGCCACGAACACUUGAUGCAGUUUGGAAAAGGAAAGUCCUGUUACUAUCGGUUCCUGACCAAAGGCCAGCAGUGGAUAUGGCUGCAGACACACUACUACAUCACCUACCAUCAGUGGAAUUCGAAGCCUGAGUUCAUCGUUUGCACUCACCUGGUAGUUAGUUAUGCAGAAGUUAGAGCUGAGAGAAGACGAGAUCUUGGCCUUGAAGAGUCAUCAAUUGAACUGGCAUCCUCUUCUCUAAAGAGCCACGGCAGCUACCUGGACGUGGGGCAGUGCGGCAGCAGCCAGGAUGCCAGCCGGGAGGGAGUGUCGCUGUCAUCCCACAGCUCCCGGCACUCCUCGCACACUGCCCUCUCCGACUCCACGUCCACAUCUUCCAUGCGACUCACGGACACCAGCACUCCCACCCGGCCGUCGGGUCAGGCAGAGAAGGCAGCCCUGCGUCUAAUAUCAGUCAGAAGUGCUCAGGUCGUGUACCAUUUCCCAACCCAGCUGGGGAUGAUGCAUCAGCUGAAGGAGCAGCUGGAGGAGAGGACUCGUGUACUGCAAGCUGACAUCAAGACACAGCAGGAAGAGCUCCAUGUCAUCAAGGAGCAGCUCCAGCUAGUGCAGGACUCCAACCUGCAGAUGCUGAUGCAGCAGCCGAUCCCUGUCGUCUUUAACAACGUGCAGCACCCGAGCCCCCGGAGGCCACCACCGCAGGGGACGCCCAGGCAGACCACAGCCAAGAAGUCACAACAGUCAGGCCUUAUGGGGACGAAGCACUACUGCAGCACCCACCUGCCAUCACCACGCCAGUUCCUCAGGGACCCCUGCAGCACAGCCACCCAGGCACACCCCAUUACAGUGGCUGCACAGAUGCCAACUGACAGCAGCGAAAGGCAGCCACAGUCCGACUACAGCCAGGACAGGAGCCUCAGGAUGCUGUUGGAUCAGUCCAUCCAAGCUAUGAUGCCUGCAGCCAACAGCAAUGGCCAGCCCUUGCAGAGCAGUGCCAGCAGGCAGCAAGGAAAAUUCGUGGUGGAGCAGCAGACCUUGCCUCCCCCAAUACAGGUGCAACCAGUUACCUGUAGCACCGUCCGACCUCCAGCCCCAUCGCCCAUUUUCUCCCCAUCUCUGAUGAUCCCCCACACCAGCUUCACGUCCCACCAGCGUCUCUACCUGCAGAUGCAAGGUCCUGAGCUGGUGCCUGGGGGUCCAACGCAGCGCAUUUUCCAACCACCUCACACCCCACAGCAGAACCCCCUGAGCUACUUCCUGCACCCACAGCAGCAGAGCCAUCACGUGCAGGGCCAGCCCUGCAACCUGCCCGACCUGCCCGAGAUGCAGCUGCCCUGA